AUGGGGUUGAAGCCCAACUUCAACGUGGAGUGUCUCCUGCAGACCGGCGCCCUGAUCUUCAAGCCCUCGGGCCGAAAGAUCUGGGAGGCAGUGGAGUCCUCCCUGCGGGACGCGCUGCGCGCGGUGUCCGGGUGCCCCGCCUUCCUGCAGGUCGAGGACUUCAACGCCUUCACGGCGCCGCUGGCGGAGUUGGGGGAUGCGCUGCCCCUGGAGGAGCAGCAGCAGGACUUGUUCAGCCUCGUGGCGCAGGAUCCGAAGCAUAAG